CAGGACCAAUACUAGUGUGCGAGCCGGAUGAUAGUAAUGGAGCACUCUCGGAGCCGCUAUCCUGCUCAGGAGACAUCUCGCCGAUACUCCAGGUCUGUUGCGGAACUUUCCCUCUCUGUGAUUGGCGUACCGGUUCGAGCCUACGAGAAUGUCAGGUGCCCUGAAGAGCAUUGUCGUCGAAACGAAAAUCUACGAGGGUCAGAAACCUGGCACCUCUGGCCUUAGAAAGGCCGUUAAAGUCUUCCAGCAAGAACACUACACUGAGAAUUUCGUCCAGGCUAUUCUUCAGGCUACUGCUGAUCGUCUUAAAGGUAGCACUCUUGUCGUUGGCGGUGAUGGCCGGUAUUAUGGAAAGGAAGCCGUCAAUAAAAUCAUUAAAAUUGUCGCAGCUAAUGGGGUGGACAAGCUAAUAAUUGGACAGAAUGGAAUUCUUUCGACUCCUGCAGUGUCAGCUAUAAUACGGAAGUACAAAACUCUAGGUGGAAUUGUGCUGACAGCCUCGCAUAAUCCUGGCGGUCCAGACGCCGAUUUUGGUAUAAAAUUCAAUUGCGACAACGGUGGUCCUGCGCCUGACAAUGUUACUAACGAGAUAUAUGAGAUCACUAGGGUACUCAAGAAUUAUAAAAUCGUACCAGAACUCGUGGUAGAUAUUGAUAAGAUCCAGAAGACCACCCUCCAGGUGGAUGGCAAGGACUUCACCAUCGAAGUCAUUGACUCUGUUCAGGAUUACGUGGAGCUUAUGAAGGAGAUAUUUGAUUUUUCAGCCAUUAAAAAUCUUCUUCAGGGAAGCGCAGAUCGAGCCCCCUUUCAAGUCCUUAUCAAUUCUCUUAAUGGAGUUACCGGACCGUACGUCAAAAAAAUCUUUGGCGAAGAACUUGGCGUGGCAAGUAGCAGCCUGGUGAAUGCAACUCCUUUAGAAGACUUUGGAGGUCUCCAUCCAGAUCCAAAUCUCACGUACGCCGCUGACCUUGUGAACGCUGUUAAGAAUGGUCCAUACGACUUUGGGGCAGCUUUCGACGGCGACGGCGACAGGAACAUGAUUAUAGGAGAAAAAGCUUUCUUCGUAACACCUUCGGACUCUUUAGCUGUUCUGGCUGCCAAUCUAGAAGCCAUACCCUAUUUCCAACGUACUGGUGUCAAAGGUUAUGCCAGGUCUAUGCCUACCGGUGCUGCUGUCGAUAGGGUAGCAGCCAAAAGUGGUGUUGAGUUCUUUGAAGUACCCACUGGCUGGAAAUAUUUUGGUAAUCUUAUGGAUGCUGGAAGACUCUCUCUCUGUGGGGAGGAAAGCUUUGGUACAGGUUCUGAUCACAUUCGUGAAAAGGACGGUAUCUGGGCUUCCCUCGCCUGGCUCAGUGUGAUAGCCAAACUUGGAAAGUCCAUUGAGGAUAUCCUCAAGGAUCACUGGACCACGUAUGGUAGAAACUUUUUCACCAGAUAUGAUUAUGAGAAUUGUGAUUCCGAAGCGGCCAAUAAAGUCAUGGCCGAAGUAGAAACUAAGAUUGAACAGAAAGACUUCGUGGGGACAAAACUGACCUACGAGAAUAAGGUUUACAUUGUCAAGGAAGCUGAUAAUUAUUCUUACAAGGAUCCCGUCGAUGAAAGUGUGACUACCAAACAAGGUCUAAGGAUCCUCUUCGAGGAUGGUUCUAGGGUGAUCUUUCGACUCUCUGGAACGGGUUCUUCAGGUGCCACAAUUCGUCUCUACGUGGAUAGCUACGAGUCAGAUCCGUCGACCUUCGACAAGGAUGCUCAGGAAGUGUUGAAACCCUUGGUGAACGUCGCCCUGGUGUUGAGUAAACUCCAAGAGCAUACCGGACGCCAGGCGCCAACUGUAAUAACGUAAAUCGUAUCAGAUUUAUUUUCUUUCCCCCGUUAAUUGGAAAAAAAACAACAGUUCUCUCAGACCUCUCUCUAGAUUCGAGUAAUAUCACGCCGCGAGAGGUAUAUCACAGGUCAUUCAUCCUUGUCAUAAACGAACAUAGAUAUAAUCAUCGAGUAUCAUGAAAUCAUUAAUUCAUUAACACGUAAUAGCAAUCAUUCAAUUCGAAAUAAUAAUAUAAAUAGUAUCCGUGUCUCAGGGACAUCUAUAACGUCUCGCAUUGUAUUCAGGGGUUUCAUCGCGUAAGUCGGUUUGAAUUCGAGAGGUAAAACGAUGGGUAUCUAAUUGUUUGUACUUUUUUUUUAUCAUUCAAAAUUGAAAACGCGUUCCGACUCUCGCAAUUGCUCAAGACUGUAGUUAAACGGAAAUAAACGAAAUGCGAAGAGAAAAAAAAAUGAAUAACCAGAAAUAAGUAACGAAGGUUUUUCCAUUUUUACAAGGUUUUUAAACAAACGCAAGAAAUACGGUAACCAGUUAAGCGAUUAAUGACAAAUCAGCGAUCUAUUCAACUGGAAUUCCGUACACUGAUGUUCUUCAGUAUAUUGGUUCCUGAGGUAUAGAUCUCUGAUGUGUCCCAAUAGCGAUAGCAUAAGUUGGCUGUUUAUCACUGAGAAAUUACCAAAUGCUAGAUAAUUUGUUAUCCAAUAUAUUUACCAGAUAUACCCCGUUUGUGUACCUCGCGUACCUUCGUGCUCACGUUAAUCAAAUGUCAAGUCCCUCGGACACGAGAAAGAAGUCAGUCAAACCGAAUAUUUAAAUAGAACAAGGAUAUGUAGGAACAAGACAUAUGUAGUUUAUUAAGUAUUUAAGAUGGAUGGAAAUAGUUGAUGAUACAUGAGAUUUGUGGCUACCUCUUAAUCGUGUCCGUCUGACAAUCUGAGAUCGUACAGUGCGAAAUGACCUAGAGAAUUGUUCUUGUUUGGCAAAGCGUAUUUAGGAUUGACGUAAGGAGAAAGAAAGAAAGAAAGAAAAGGUAGUAGAAAAGACAAUGGUCGAUGAUGCUGUUGUAAACAGUUUUCUCAAUACUGUUUUUAUGUCUCUGUGAAAUUCCUCUUCUAGAACCGCGUGCCAUAUAUUAUGGCGGCCCCCGCGUAGUAAUUUUUCUCGAUAAAUAUCGUGAGAUAAUUCUUAUUGUAAUAAGUACUCAUCAUUGUAGACGGGGCUGACUUUUUUCCGAAUUCACUUUCGAAAGAAAAGUGACACAUAGUUAUGUCAAAAUUUAUCUUGACAAUGUUAAAGAAAGGUUAUACGAAAUGAGCUAAAAGAGAGAAUGAGUGUGAUGGAACUAACGAUGAUUCAUUAACGUCCAAUAUACGUUAAUGACUUUUUCCGUUUCAAUUAUUAUAUUAGUCAUUAUAUUCGUAGAAACAAAAUCUAUGUGCGUCCAAAUGGCUGUCCAUUGGGCACCGUGAAAAAGAUGUCACUGAAAAAAAAAUGUUCACAAGUUCACAUCCGCGUCGUAAUCGAAUGUCCUCUUUUUUUUCGCGCGGGAGACCGCAUCCGUGUCUCUCUUUCUCUUUCUUUCCGAAAUAUCUUCCAGGGAAAGAAAGGAGCACAUCGGAGAUGCAAAUUAUAAUAUUAAGCGGCGAACGAUUAAUCGUAAGAGGUAAACGCCAUUUUAAAACUCUAAGGAGAUAAUUGUGGAUAGCCUUUGAGGCGUCUAUCAAUCGCUUCGACAUAAUCUUUAAUCUUUUAAUUUCCAUUCAUUAUUAUUAAUCGUUAUCGAUGUUGUUUCCACGUUAUAAAGUUUUAUCUGUGUCGUUAUGCGCUUAUUCCUUUUGUUUCUUCGUUAAAACAGGAUCUCUGUAUAUUGUAUACGCUCUAAUUCGAUGCUUGAUCGCCUUGCAUUGUAAUAAUUGGUUAUCUCUAUUAUCUGAUAGAUAAUCCAUUGCCUGCUGACCUUUUAAUAUCCCCUUUAGAAGGAAGCUUAAGUAAUGUGUAUAAGGCGUUUGGACGUCUUUGGGAAACUGGUGAAUCACUUUUCUAGAUGGCUUUACGAGUUUCCCGGAGACAUUGAGAGACGUAAAAUGAAAAAGAAUAAUAUAUUAAUGUAGGUCGUGGAUUAUCGAUUGAGAGAUACCCGGCGUGCGUCCUCUGUAUACUGUACUAAUAAUUUUGACGAGGUCGAUUAUUAUGAUUUUCGAAUUUCAUCUCUAUCAAUUUAAUACGGCCGGCGGGUUCUCGAUGUUUCCGUUUUAAUUCGCAGGACAGACAGAAAGGUCUUAUAUUAUUGCGUAACCACGAUAUAAUUCGUAUAAGUAACCAAAGAAUUAUUAAUUCAAUUAAUUUAUCUUGUUCGGACAAAGUCCCUUGCGAGUCACCUAGAGUUACAACUAGACGAGAGUAAGGGAUGAUCAAUCUAUACGACCCCAGCCGAGUAUCUCUUUGAUACUUGAGUCGACGAGUAGAUUAAGGAUAUACUAACGAACUUGUAAAAAGAAGAAAAACGAUGAAAGAAAGUGAAGAUACCAAAAAAGAGGAG